AUGUCUCUCACAUUCAGCGAGAAAGUCAUCAUUGUGAUUGGCGCUGCAUCUGGAAUGGGCUUAGCUACCGCAAAGACUCUACUUGAUGAAGGUGCCAAGGUUGGAAUGUCUGACGUCAACAGCGCGGCUCUUGAAAAUGCAGUCAAGGGACUUGGCUCAGAGCAACAAGAGAGAGUCUUCUCUAGAGCCUCAGAUGUCACAAACCGUGCAUCAAUCCGCAGCUUCCUAAGACAAACAAAGUCGCAUUUUGGCAAGGUCGAUGGUGUCGCCAACUUUGCCGGUUGUGGUGGCCAUGAAUUGGGCACCCAGUCGGUCUGGGAAACCAGCGACGCCGAAUUCGACUUCAUCACCAAUCUCAAUAUCAAGGGAGCAUUUCAUGUACUCGCUGAAGCUCUUAUGCCCGACUUUCUAUCUCACGGCGGGAGUUUUGUUCAUGUUGGAAGCAUGUUCUCACUCCAAGGCUUCCUGAAGGGUGCGGUAUUUGCCGCUUCCAAGCAUGCGUCCCUGGGUAUGGUUCGCAGUGCGGCUAAAGAAGUCGGCGACAGAGCCAGAGUCAAUUGUGUGUUACCUGGUGCUAUUGACACGCCGAUGCACCAAGCCAAUUUGGCUAGAGUUCCUAAGGACUUUCCUGCCCCAACACUCGUAGGGAAGGCCCAAGAAGUAGCCGAUGUGACCGUUUUCAUGCUCAGCGACAAGAGCACUUUUGUCAAUGGAGCCGCUUGGAGUGUUGACGGGGGUGCCGGUCUGUGA